UUGCUGAAGCUGUCGCAGGGGUGGAUCCUGAGCUGCCGAAGCCGCCGUCCUGAACUUCCGCGUGGGCUCCUCUAAUCCCAUUGUUUCUUUUAGAUUCGCUCGGGCCUAUCCGCCCUCGGUGCCCGAAAUUCGGGCUGGGCGGAACCUCGGCCUGGGCCUAGCGGCUUAACAGUAGCAACAGCGGCAGCAGCAGCAGCCCCCCUCUUUCCGAAUACAAGCACCCCAGGGGCCCGAAAGCCCACACAGACGUUUAGAGAGAAUGGCAGACGAUAUGGAUAUUGAAGCAAUGCUUGAGGCUCCUUACAAGAAGGAUGAGAACAAGUUGAGCAGUGCUAACGGCCAUGAAGAACGUAGCAAAAAGAGGAAAAAAAGCAAGAGCAGAAGUCGUAGUCAUGAACGAAAAAGAAGCAAAAGUAAGGAACGGAAACGAAGUAGAGAUAGAGAAAGGAAAAAGAGCCGUGAAAGGAAGCGAAGUAGGAGCAAAGAAAGGAGACGGAGCCGCUCAAGAAGUCGAGAUCGCAGAUUCAGAGGCCGCUACAGAAGUCCUUACUCCGGACCAAAAUUUAACAGUGCCAUCCGAGGAAAGAUUGGGUUGCCUCAUAGCAUCAAAUUAAGCAGACGACGCUCUCGAAGCAAAAAUCCAUUCAGAAAAGACAAGAGCCCCGUGAGGGAACCUAUUGAUAAUCUAACUCCUGAGGAAAGAGAUGCAAGGACAGUUUUCUGCAUGCAGCUGGCAGCAAGAAUUCGGCCAAGGGAUUUGGAAGAGUUUUUUUCUACAGUAGGAAAGGUUCGAGAUGUGAGAAUGAUUUCUGAUAGAAAUUCAAGACGUUCCAAAGGAAUUGCAUAUGUGGAAUUUGUUGAUGUUAGCUCAGUGCCUCUAGCAAUAGGAUUAACUGGCCAAUGUGUUUUAGGAGUGCCAAUCAUAGUACAAGCUUCACAGGCAGAAAAAAACAGAGCUGCAGCAAUGGCAAACAAUCUACAAAAGGGAAGUGCUGGACCGAUGAGGCUUUAUGUGGGCUCAUUACACUUUAACAUAACUGAAGAUAUGCUUCGGGGAAUCUUUGAGCCUUUUGGAAGGAUUGAAAGUAUCCAACUCAUGAUGGAUAGUGAAACAGGCCGAUCUAAGGGAUAUGGAUUUAUUACGUUUUCUGACUCAGAAUGUGCCAAGAAGGCUUUGGAACAACUUAAUGGAUUUGAGUUAGCAGGAAGACCAAUGAAAGUUGGUCAUGUUACUGAACAUACUGAUGCUUCCAGUGCUAGCUCAUUUUUGGACAGUGAUGAACUGGAAAGGACUGGAAUUGACUUGGGAACAACUGGUCGUCUCCAGGUAAUGGCAAGACUUGCAGAAGGUACAGGUUUGCAGAUUCCACCAGCAGCACAGCAGGCUCUACAAAUGAGUGGCUCUUUGGCAUUUGGUGCUGCGGCAGAAUUCUCUUUUGUUAUAGAUUUGCAAACAAGACUUUCUCAACAGACUGAAGCUUCGGCUUUAGCUGCAGCUGCCUCUGUUCAGCCUCUUGCAACACAGUGUUUCCAACUUUCUAACAUGUUUAACCCUCAAACAGAAGAAGAAGUUGGAUGGGAUACAGAGAUUAAGGAUGAUGUGAUUGAAGAAUGUAAUAAACAUGGAGGAGUUAUUCAUAUUUAUGUUGACAAAAAUUCAGCUCAGGGCAAUGUGUAUGUGAAGUGCCCAUCAAUUGCUGCAGCCAUUGCUGCUGUCAAUGCAUUGCAUGGCAGGUGGUUUCCUGGUAAAAUGAUAACAGCAGCAUAUGUACCUCUUCCAACUUACCACAACCUCUUCCCUGAUUCUAUGACAGCAACACAACUACUGGUUCCAAGUAGAGGAUGAAGGAAGAUAUAGUCUCCUAUGUACAUAGCUUUUUUUCUUUCUUGAGAAUUCAUCUUGAGUUAUCUUUUAUUUAGAUAAAAAUAAAGAGGCAAGGGUCUACUGUCAUUUGUAUACAAUUCCUGUUACCUUGAAAAAGAAAAACUGUUAACAGGAAUGCAGUGUGCUCAUUAUCCCUAACUAGCAAAUCCCACUGUAUACAAAGCUGUUCUCUUGUUCUGCCUUUUAAAUGUACAUGUAGAAAUUUACAUUAAGGAUCUAUAGGAAUAGCUCUAGGGGGGAACAAAUGUGCUUAAUGUAAAAAGGCAGACAGGGACGUAAUUAUGUUUUUAAUGUUUCAGAAGCCUAACUUUUUACACAGCAGUUACAUUUCACGUUUCACUAAUGUUGAUACUUGGCUAAUGGUUUAGCAGAUUCUGGAGUACACAUUUAGUGUAUGGAAAUUCAAGACAGCUAAAGGGCUGUUUGAUUAACAUCUCAUCUUGCAUCGUGAUCAAUUGGCAAGAAAAGGAGUUUUCAAGAUUACAUUUCUGGAUAGUAUCUUUUCAAUUAAUGUAUCUGUAAAAGUUUCUUUGUAAAUAUUAUGUGUUCUGGUGUGUCUAAGAUUCCAAACAAAAUGAUCCCUGCAUUUCCUCAAGAUGUUUAGUGACAGUCUGGUAAGCAAAGCAGUCUGAGCAAGAAAUAGGAAAUGCAGAAAUAGGUUUUGUCUGGUUGCAUAUAAUCUUUGCUCUUUUUAAGCUCUGUGAGCUCUGAAAUAUAUUUUUGGGUUACUUCAGUGUGUUUGACAAGACAGCUUGAUAUUUCUAUCAAACAAAUGACUUUCAUAUUGCAACAACCUUUGUAAGAACCACUCAAAUAAAAUUCUCUUAAAAAGGCAAAAAAAAAAAAAAAA